AUGACAAGCUCUACACUGAGACUUGAAGGAAAGGUAGCAUUGAUAACUGGAGCUGCAAGUGGAAUUGGAGAGUGUACCGCAAAACUCUUUGCUCAACAUGGAGCAAAAAUUGUAGUUGCCGACAUCCAAGAUGAACUUGGUCAUGCGGUUUGUGAGACCAUAGGUUCAACAAGCUCGAUAUAUGUCCAUUGCAAUGUAACCAAUGAAGACGAUGUCAAAAACGCUGUAGAUAUCGCAGUUGCCACUUAUGGGAAGCUUGAUAUCAUGUUUUGUAACGCGGGGAUAAUGGAUCCAAAAAAAGCACGCAUAAUUGAUAAUGAAAAAUCUGAUUUUGAACGUGUAUUUAGUAUCAAUGUCACAGGUGUUUUUCUAAGCAUGAAACAUGCUGCACGAGUUAUGGUCCCUGCAAGAGCGGGGUCAAUACUAUCUAUGGCUAGUAUGACUUCAAAUAUUGGUGGUGGAGCCUCACAUGCUUAUUGUGGUGCAAAGCAUGCUGUAGCGGGCUUGACGAAGAAUGUAGCAGUAGAACUUGGACAAUUUGGUAUUCGAGUCAAUUGUUUGUCACCAUAUGCAAUGGUCACAACGUUAACCACAAGUUAUACUGGACGUGAGCCAGAAGAUCUAGAAAGUGCGUUGAACCACCUUGGCAACCUGAAGGGAGUGACACUUAAGGCAGAUGAUGUUGCUAAGGCCGCCCUUUUUCUCGCGAGUGAUGAUGCAAAGUAUAUUAGUGGACAUAACUUAUUUAUUGAUGGUGGAUUCAGCAUUGUUAAUCCAUCAUUCAACAUGUUUAAAUAUCCGGAGGAUCUAUAA